AUGGGGCCCUUUGAGGAGAAAUGCGUGAUUUUGUCUCAGGAGGGAUUCAUGAACACGCUCCUGGCUGGCGGCGACGUGGAUGGCGACGAGAAUUGCAUCACCACGCAGCCGGAGUUGGUGGAGUUCUUGCGCUUCACGAAGCCCUGGGUGGAUAAGCGCAAUUGGAAGGACCUGUGGUUGCAGCUGUUUCGUGAUGUGGUUGAUCUAGCCUCGUGA